AUGGCCGUCUCCGAAAUGAGCCGAAGGAGCUGUCGUCGUCGAGCUUAUCUGCUUCGACAGCGGCCGGAAAAAGCCGAACCAGGAAUGGAAGCCCAUUCGACUCGCUUCGGUAAUUUCCGGAAUCUGCCGCAGCACGCGAAAAUGGCGCUCGGCGCCAGCUCGGCAAUUUCCGGACAGAAAGACGCAGCAAGUCAUCGACUAGUUCAGCCAGCUCGGCAGUUUCCGACAACCGACAGGCUCGCGAGACGUGCCCGAGCGCAGCCGAAGCGGCCUCGAACGCUGCUGGCAUCGUUUAACUUGUUUUUGGUUUUUUUCCGGAAACUGACAAAAGGCCCCGAAGGCUCAAACCUCGGCGUUAAUAUUUGUCGGGGGCGGGCGCGCAUCGCCCCCCGAAACCUCGCCCUGGCCCCCUUCCCCCCCCCGCCCAGGCAGGAGGAAGUAAGAGCUACAGAGAUUUUGGCACAAGUGCGACAUAUCGCGGGGUCCCGGCGGAGGGAGGCGGACUUCACCGCAGCCCGCUCCGUUCUACCCCGCACUGUCGGCAUCGGGCGUGCCGCCCGCUCCGCCGCUGUGUUCUCCUCCCCUCCUUCAUCCCCUCCCUUUUUCCCUCUCCGGCGGCCGUACACGCACCGCGACAAAGGUGCUGACAACACAUGGGAACCUGAAGAGAACUUAGAUUGUCCAGAGCUAAUUGAAGCUUUUCUGAACUCUCAGAAAGCUGGUAAAGAGAAAACAGAUGGUGCCAAAAGAAAAUCUUUGUCAGAUAGCGAAUCUGAUGAUAGUAAAUCAAAGAAAAAGCGUGAUUCUGUUGAUAAACCAAGAGGGUUUGCAAGGGGUCUUGAUCCUGAGCGGAUAAUUGGGGCUACGGAUAGCAGUGGAGAGCUUAUGUUCCUCAUGAAAUGGAAAGACUCUGAUGAGGCAGAUCUGGUGCUGGCCAAAGAAGCUAAUGUGAAGUGUCCUCAGAUCGUAAUCGCUUUUUAUGAAGAACGGCUAACUUGGCAUUCAUGCCCAGAAGAUGAAGCACAAUAAUUGUUUGCAUUGCUUUUUUUAUAUAUAAGAAUAUUAAAACCCAAAAUUUGAUUUAUUAGCAAUGUGAGAAGCAUACAUUCUAACAAGUUUCAAAUUUGAUAUUUUUUUGAAGUAGUAUGUUUUGCAUCAACAGCAAGUAAAUAAAAGCUUUCUGCAACUUGUUUCAUUUACCACAAGAGAGCAUUUGAUACUACUACUUCCUCCAUAUUAGGUAAAAGCUUUUAUAAAAAACAUUGAUAAACUUCCUUAGUUAUUACAGAAUCAUAAUGAAUGUCUAAACAAACUCACAGAUGUUUUGUAGUCUUCUAUACUAUUGAUGUGCAUGUAUCUUCUUUACCCAACCUAGCCCUUUAAACCUGUAAGGUCAUUCUUUUUAGUAUUUGGGAUCACUUGGUCUUAAGAAGACCAGGUGAAAACUAACUUUGUAGUAAUUUGAAUGUUAUCAGACUGUAUAUUGUUUACUUUAUUGUAAAUACUGGUGAGCAGUGGUCAAUAAAAUAGUUUUAUAUUCUUCCUUUAUACUGAUAGGCUGUGACUCUUUUGAAGCGGGGUAUUUCUCAACUUUUGAUAUGUUAAACUCAGUUUGUAAUAUAUUUAACUGUAAGUUGUUCUCUCGGGGGGUAGGUUAAUUAUUAAUAUUACCCCACUGCUACUCUUAUCAGAAUAUUGGAUAAGUACCAGGCUUUGAUUAUUAGUUGGAGGUUUUUGUGAAUACUGUCUGAGACACGGGUUUUCCUCAGUCAGGAAGGGCCUAUAACAUUAAUGUGCUUCAGGUACUCCUGUAAGUCACAGAUUGCAACCACACAACUUAGGUACAGCAGUUAGUGACAAGGCCAAGUAGCCUCUGCAGGCAUACUAGGAAAUAUUUGACAUGUAUUGACAGUAUUAGCCCUUGCUUUAAUUUCAGUUCUUAAUAAGAGGCUAUAGUAUACUCUAGGGCUGGUUCAGAUGGAAUUAUUCUUCAGGCCAUCACCUCAAGUAUACUUACAUGGCUCAGCUUUUAAAGUGGAAUAUUUAAAUGAAGAUACUUAAGUCAUAUACUUGGAGCAAAAUACUUUGUUUCUAUUUCAGACUGAAUUUUGAAAUUAGUCCUGUAAUCAGCUGCUUGGGUAAUACCUUCAGAAGGGCAAAAGUAAAAGGUGGGGAACUCAGGAAGAGUAAAGUUGCCAUUCAUCUUUUCACUUGGUUUUAUCUAAACACCGUCUUUGUGUUUUGACUACCAUGAUAUAGUUUGCCUUAAGCUGUGCUUAUAUGUCAAUGGCCAAGAUUAUUUCAGAAUUAUCCUUAAUUUAGAGUUUUGACUAAAAAAUAUAAUCCUGUAGUACACUGUCAGUGUCAAUAGACUUAUAGAAUGGUUUUGGGUUGAAAGGGACUGUGAAGAUCAUCUAGUUCCAACCUACCUGCCAUAGGGAGGGACACUUUUCACUAGACCAGGUUGCUCAGAGCCCCAUCCAACCUGGCCUUGAACACUUCCAGGGAUGGGUUGUCAACAACUUUUCUGGGCAGCCUGUUCCAGUGCCUCACCACCCUCAGAGUAAAAAAUUUCUUCCCAUAAUAUCUAACCUAACCCUACUCCUGGUUUGGAGCCAUUUCCCCUUGUCCUGUCACUACAUGCCUUUGUAAUUCCUCUCCAGCCUUGUAAGCCUCCUUUAGGUCCUGGAAGGUUCUCUUAAAUCUCAUUGGAGCCUUCUUCAGGCUUAAUCCCAACUUUCUCAGCCUGUCUUCACAGGAGAGGUGCUAGAGGUGCUACAGUCCUCUGAUCAUCUUUGUGGUCCUUCUCAAAGGUGAGACAGUUGGGAUUGCCUGAGUGUUUUUUCAGAAGAUUGAAAGAAGGAGAUAUUCCUGGAAAUCCUCAUAUAGUGUGCAUAGCCUGAAGAGUGAAGGAAUGAAUCCAGUCUGUGCUUGAUGUUCUUUUGAUACUGUUUCACAAAUCAUUACUAUAAUUAUUUGUCUUUUCAAUAGUUUCAAAAGGCAUUUCUAUUGCAAAACAAAGCCUGCCACCGUAGAACACCUUCUUAUAGUUAAACAGCAAUGGCUAAACUUGCUAUGUGAACUUUUUUCCUAAAGAUUUUUUAUUACUGGUUUUGGGCAGAAUUCAGUCUGUCUGUGACUCUAGGAAAAAUCUGAUAUUCCUGUUAACAUGGGGCUCCCUUGCACCACAUAAUGAUAAUUUGAGCACUUAACUAACCUCUCUUGCCAAUUCCUUAGACAAAUCACCCUGAUUUGAUCACGUUUAAGACUUCUACAGAGUUCAUGGCUUAAUUUUUGGGAGCCUGUAAUAGGAAUAUUUAUACACCUAGUAUAUAGGAUUCUGAAAUCCUUGUUUUUUUUAUCCAGUAGCUUGAUAAACACAUGGGCUAAAGAGGAAUUUCAAAGCAGCUUGUAUUCUCCUGCCAGUUUCUUCAGUAUGGAGUACUUUGUAAAGAGUCUUAAAACUGUUACUGUACAAGUCGCAUUUUACUGCCUGAAGCUUUGCAGUUUCUGUAACACAUUUCAAGUGUGGAUAUCAAGCCUGUGUGAAGUUGCUGAUUUGAAGCAAUACAGGUUAAACGGUUGUUUUUAAUUAUUGGUUAUUGUUAGUGGUAGACAAAGAUUUUUGUUGAAAGGUUGGUUCUCCUCAAUUUGUAACCCUUAAAACACAGAUUUGUAACUAUAUACAGCUUUUUACCUUCUAUUUGGUUCUUCCUUCUGACUUAAUAAAAAUUACACUGAAUUCACUUUUAAACAACUUUGCAGCUUGUUAGACAGUUCUUUAGAUUGCUGAUUUUUUUAUGUUAUGAUGGUAAAUAUGCUGACUGGUACUUGUUUCCUUUGUUUUCUCCUCACUUUGUGUCAAACUGAGUUUUGCUAGUAACGAAAUGCAACACUUUAAAGUUACAAGUUAUGUAAAGUUAUGCUGAAUGUGCUGCAUACAUAGGCAAAAAGUUAACAAAUGUUAUUAAUUUAAAAUUUACUGAUUAAAUAAAUGAGAUAUCUUCUGUA